AUGAAAUACGCCACUCGUGAGGUGGCGACCAAACUGCUCCAUAACAAGUUUGUGGCGGUCCUGGGAGACUCGAUUCAGCGGAGUGUGUACAAGGACAUUGUUCUGUUGCUACAGAAAGAGAGCUACUUAACCAGAAGUCAGCUCAAGGCAAAGGGUGAGAUGACUUUUGAGCAGGACUGUCUGGUCGAAGGCGGUUGUCUGGGCCAGAUGAGCAAUGGCAUCCAGUACCAGGAGGUGCGGCAAUUCCGGUCCAACCACCACUUGGUCCGCUUCUACUUCCUAACAAAAAUCUAUUCAGAGUACAUGCAGAGCAUCCUGGAUGACUUCCGCCAUGGACUCAAACCAGAUGUGGUCAUCGUCAACUCCUGUGUCUGGGAUAUCUCUAGGUAUGACUCCAACUGGUUGAAGUGCUACAGGCAGAAUCUGCAUAAGUUCUUUGAGGAGCUGGGUGAGAUCCUCCCUCGGGAAACCCUGGUCAUAUGGAACCUCGCGAUGCCCCUGGGCAAAAAGAUUAUUGGUGGCUUUCUGGUACCUGAGAUCGAAUACAAGGCUUCACAGCUUCGUUACGACGUGGUUGAGGCAAACUUCUUCAGUGGCACCCUGGCUGACGCCUAUGGGAUGGAUGUAGUGGACCUCCAUUUCCAUUUUCGUUUAUCUCUGCAGCACCGCGUCAAGGACGGAGUCCACUGGAACGCCGUGGCCCACCGCACCAUUACCUCACUGCUGCUGCAACACAUUGCAGAGGCCUGGGGGGUCAUCUUACCGUGUCAGCCAAGUGCUGUUGAGUUUCAUUCAUCACAGAGGAACUAUAGCCGCUAUGUGGCAUUCCAUGAAAACUCCAUUCCCAUGAGACCCCUGUACACCAACCGCGACUGCUCCAUGGAGCCAAAUGGGCAGUGGCAGCAUCGACAAUGGAGGGCCCGCGCAGUUCGCCGACCCUCCUACCCGCAAUGGGAGUUCCCCGCAGUUCGCCAACCCUCCUACCCACCACAGACAUUCGGGGAGAUGCCAGGCGGACGCCCUUGUGUCACCCCUUCUCCGGCCCCUGCUUGGGGACAGCGCCACCAGUACAUAAAGAGGAGUUACCACCACAGGAGUCACUACGUCCCCUACAGUUACCGAAGACCAACAUAA